AUGACAAAGUGCCUAAGUUUACUCAUAGUUCUCCUCUUCUCAGUACAAAUUUUUGUUAAGGGUGCCAAAAAUCAACUCAACGAUGAAAGAAAAGAACGAUACAGCUCAUCAACUGUGGGUCUUUUGAAGCUGCUGAGUGUGGAACAAGAUUUUGCUGAAAACCUCUUAAAUUUCGCAGGAAAACAACAACAAAAAAUCCCUAAACUUCAAGAUUACUUAUCUGCAGUGGAUUAUAUAUUAAAUCGCAGCUUCAAUGAAAGAUUCGAAUAUGUUUCUAAUCCGUUGAACGCAUUUUCACUUUUAAGACGCACCCAUGAGGAUUUGCCAAAGUGGCUCACCUUUUUUAAGAAGGAAAUGGGAAGGGCCGCAGACCUCACUGUACUGGACAACCUUGUAGAAAAGGUCCCAAACAAUAUGGAUUUGAUGUCGGCAAUGCAUGGAAUUCAAGGAUUAGAAAGAUUUUAUGACCUAAGGAUCGAUGAUAUGGCACACGGUCUCAUUGACGACAAGCAAUACGACAUUCGACUCACCUAUCGCGACCUUAUAGCUAUGGGAAAUCUGAUGUUCCAACAACACGACUACCAAGCAGCUGCAAAAUGGUAUCGUAUGGCUUGCAAAAGCGAGCUGGAAGAAAGUGAUGCGUUGUUUUAUACAAUUCUGGGCAAUCCAUCUGAAUACCUCCAUCGCCAAUACAUCAAAUCGUUGUUCAUAUAUGAAAGUUGUAAAUCAGACCCUUCGCACACAGCUGAAGAAGCUUUCAUAGCAGUGGAGAAUUCUAUGGCAGACAUAAAGCAAGAGGAUUUGAAUAGAAUAAUGGCAAGGCUGAACAGCCCCGAAAACGAUGUGCAAAUAGAACGAGAGCUCUAUCACACAAAAAGAGAACCAUCGAAAUUUGAAAUCGGCUGUCGAGGACUGUACCGCCGGAAACCAAAACUCGUGUGUCGCUACAAGUUUACCACGACUCCUUUCCUGCGAUUGGCACCUCUGAAAUUUGAGGAAAUCAACUUAAAUCCAUAUAUUGGAAUGUAUCACAACGUGCUUUACGAUUCGGAGAUUAAGGGUCUCAAAAUGCAGUCGGCGAAUAUGGCCAAUGGCUAUGCGGACACAAGAAAUGGCUCAGAAAUCAGAGCCCGGGAGCGUAUCAAUCGGCGCAUUAUUGACAUGACAGGAUUCGAUAUUUCGAAAUCCGAGAGAUUGCAGGUCGCAAAUUAUGGGGUGGGGACAUUUUUCAAACCUCACUUUGACUUCACCUCCGACGGAUUUGAGACUCCGGAUGCUUCGGCAUUGGGAGGUCGUUUGGCCAGCAUUAUUUUUUAUGCUAGCGAUGUUCCGCAGGGUGGAGCCACAGUUUUUCCACAGAUAAAAGUCUCUGUCUUCCCACGAAAAGGGAGCAGUUUGUUUUGGUUCAAUUUGUUUGAUGACGGAACUCCUGAUAUAAGAAGCCAGCACUCAGUAUGUCCUGUCAUUAAUGGAGAUAGAUGGACUCUAACGAAAUGGGUCCCCUUGUUUCCUCAAAUGUUUAUCUUGCCAUGCAAAUCAUAAAAGGCAACUAAUAUUUGCAGUU